AAAAAACACCGGCCUUAUAUACAAUACCCAUUGCAGCAAACAAAAGCAAUGAUCACCCUAAAUCUCUUCGUGUAGGAAUUACUUAGUUUUGGUAGCCUUUAUCAGAAAAGUACCAACGAGGAAAACAAUGAUUGGCGAGAUCGCAGUUCUCUUUUUUACAAUACACAGUACAGCUGCUGAUUCCACGUCAAAUGAAGGUGGAUGUUUUUAUCUUGAUGUAUCAGAACGGUAUGCUGAAUGUGUAAGAGUGAACUCUUAUAGAUCAAGUCUGAAUAAAGUUAUGAAAGACUUUAUGGAAACCGAUUUCACGGGAGAAGUCUUACUGUCCAAACUUGAAUCAACGUGCAGGAAUGAGCAAUUAUUUAACACCUAUAGCAACUGUACCAGAAGAGCUAUUCUGGAAUGUCCUCAUCUGUCAACUGUAAUCACGAACGCUGUAAAUGAAGGCCUAGCAGUGUUUUGUCAAAACAAUGCUCCAUCUGCAUGGCUGUAUACUGUUCUACAAGAUGGAUACCUUCACACACAGAGGUGCACAGAAGAUAGAAUAGACAAUGAAAUACUUGAUAUGGUUAUUGAAUGUGCUCCAAACUUUAGGAGAGACUGGACAGGAGUUACAGUUCAUUCUGCCAUCACAACCCUACAGACGAUGAUACAGCAAUUGGUUCGUUGUAUGAUUGACAACGGACCUUCACUUCCGGAUCAGGACGGGGAUGGAGUUUUGGAUUGCGGAUCCUCAUGGCAAGACAUAGUGCUCGCAUAUUCACUGAGGUUGUCUUCCCUUGAUGACUUAGGGUGGAAAAUUGGCGAAGAAGAAAUUAAUGCACUACAGGCUAUUAAGACGGGCUGAAAACGGUGAGCUAGCUAACCAGACAGACAAAGGUUCCAGUGUAUAUUGAAUGUUUAGUGACAACGUACUGAAUGACUUUAUCUAUAUAUAUUUUUUUUCAACAAACAAAUAAACUUUUGAAUAAUGAAAAGAGUAUCACUGUUCUCUUUAAAUACUUGGAAACAAGAAAAUGUUUAUACAUGUAUAUAUGUAUACCACUUUCUCGGCAUACUAGUAAUGGAGGUCAAAUAUAAAACAUGUGAACAUCUGAACGCUUUUAGAACUGUCAUAUGUGUUAAAGCAAUGAAUAGCGGCUUUAGAAUAAUCAUACUUUGUCGGUGUUGAUACUGUAUGAAUUCAUUUUGAAUACAAAUAUGUAAAUGUAUA